AUGCUGGUCUGCUAUCUACUUCUUGUAUCGGGACUUGCCUUCGCCGGAAUCAUCUCAAAAGCGCCAAGCAUUGGGCCAGUCGAACAUUCCGAUCGGUUGUUGUCACUCCGGCGUCGGGUGGACACUGAUUCCGAUUCAUCGGUUGCAGUCACCGGUAUCUCGAUAAGUGGAUUUGCACCUCAAGCGCGACUGGAGAUCCGACAGCUGGAAAGUAAAAGGGAUGUCUGGAACAUCUAUCUGCUUGGGCUGAGGAGGUUUCAGGCGGUCAACCAAACCGACAGGCUGUCGUAUUACCGAAUCGCCGCGAUACACGGAAGGCCUUACAGAGCAUGGGACAACGUGCAAGGCGUCUAUAAUGAAGCGGGAUACUGUGCUCACCUUUCCAGCCUUUUCCUGCCUUGGCACCGGCCCUACCUUGCACUAUAUGAACAAGUUCUUUUUGAGCAUAUUAUUGACGCAGUGAACGAGUUCCCCACAGGUCCUGUCCGUCGAAGAUAUGCAUCUGCGGCGCUGAGCUGGCGAAUGCCUUACUGGGACUGGGCGGCGCAGCCAGAAGAUGGCCAGAGCGUAUACCCGAGUAGCCUGGGUAACCGGACUGUCGUAGUCACCAUGCCGAACGGGACGCGGACAAUCGACAAUCCACUCUACUCGUACAAGUUUCAUCGACUUGUGAGAGCCGACAUGUACUUUGAUCCGUUCGCCGAGUGGAAUGAGACGAAGCGCUACCCUACAGGCUGGGUCCGAAGUGCUCUUAGCCAGGAACAUCUGAUAGGACCCGUUCUCGACAACAACCGGGUUUCAAUCAUGAACCGCUUGUACAAUUUGUUCACGUACUACUCGAACUACACUCUAUUUGCCACUGAAGCGUGGCAAGGCGAGACUUAUGCGAAUGCAGACAGCAUCGAAUCGCUUCACGACACAAUUCACAGCUUGACAGGAAACAAUGGGCACAUGACUUUUCUAGACUACUCUGCGUAUGACCCUAUCUUCUGGCUGCAUCACGCGAACAUGGAUCGUAUCUUCGCCAUGUGGCAAAUACUGUACCCUAAUUUGUACGUGGAAAGAAUGCGAGCCGUGUCACAGACAUUCACAGUCUCUGUCGGAGAUGUGCUGGACGUUGAUACGCCACUUGAGCCGUUCUCCAGCGACACACGAGGCACCAAAUUUACGUCGAAAGAUGUGAGGUCUACCCUGCGAUUUGGAUAUGCGUAUCCCGAGACUUCCGGGAACGCCAGCAUUGCUCAGGUUAAAAGGGCUAUCAAUCAGCUUUAUGGAAGCAGUGCAGGCGCAGGCGGGCCCGUCAAGCGAGCAGAACAGUCCACAGGGCAUGGAAGUCCUUCCUUACAAGCGCCGGUCGAGAGUUCCGAGCGCUACUACGUUGCCAACAUCGUCUCCCCAAAAUUCGCCAUGAACGGAUCCUACGCAGUGUACAUCUUCCUAGGAGACUUUGAGGAUACAUCAUCCAUGUGGCCGCUCUCGAAGAAUCUCGCCGGCACGCAUGCGGUCGCUACCAACAUGAUAUCAGAACACACCGCAAACAUGCGCUCUGCGACUCUUUCGAAUAUAAAGGUCACGGGUGCAGUGCCGCUUACCGGCUUACUUCGGUCGAAAGUUCAAUCGGGCGAGUUGGCCUCCCUGGACUCCAGCGUCGUCGAAUUUUACCUAUCGAGUAAUCUGAAAUGGCGGGUAACAACAUUCAACUCGACGGCGAUUGCAUGUGAAGACUUCACGGAUCUUUCGGUGACCGUUGUCAGUAGUAAAGUGCUGUCGUCCGUCGCAGAAGACGAGUUUCCUCAAUGGGGAAACUUCACCAAAUUGAACGUCUCGCAGGAAGGACAGUGUGGUUGUAAAUGA